AUGAGGGUGUCCGUGCCGGGUCCGGCGGCCGCUGCGGCCCCCGCGGCCGGCCGCGAGCCCUCCACGCCCGGCGGGGGCGGCGGAGGCGGAGGCGCCGUCGCUGCCGCCUCAGGCGCCGCGGUGCCGGGCUCCGUGCAAUUGGCGCUGAGCGUCCUGCACGCCCUGCUCUACGCCGCGCUGUUCGCCUUUGCCUACCUGCAGCUGUGGCGGCUGCUCCUGUACCGCGAGCGGCGGCUGAGUUACCAGAGCCUCUGCCUCUUCCUCUGUCUCCUAUGGGCAGCGCUCAGGACCACCCUCUUCUCCGCCGCCUUCUCGCUCAGCGGCUCCCUGCCCUUGCUCCGGCCGCCCGCUCACCUGCACUUCUUCCCCCACUGGCUGCUCUACUGCUUCCCCUCCUGUCUCCAGUUCUCCACGCUCUGUCUCCUCAACCUCUACCUGGCGGAGGUUAUAUGUAAAGUCAGAUGUGCCACUGAACUUGACAGACACAAAGUUCUACUGCAUUUCGGCUUUAUAAUGGCGAGCCUGCUCUUUUUAGUGGUGAACUUGACUUGUGCAAUGCUAGUUCAUGGAGAUGUCCCAGAAAAUCAGUUGAAAUGGACUGUGUUUGUUCGAGCAUUAAUUAAUGAUAGCCUGUUUAUUCUUUGUGCCAUCUCUUUAGUUAGUUACAUAUGCAAAAUUACAAAAAUGUCAUCAGCAAAUGUCUACCUCGAAUCAAAGGGUAUGUCUCUGUGCCAGACUGUCGUCGUGGGCUCUGUAGUCAUUCUUCUGUACUCUUCCAGAGCUUGUUAUAAUUUGGUGGUGGUCACCAUAUCUCAGGAUACAUUAGAAAGUCCAUUUAAUUAUGGCUGGGAUAAUCUUUCAGAUAAGGCUCAUGUAGAAGACAUAAGUGGAGAAGAGUAUAUAGUAUUUGGAAUGGUCCUCUUUCUGUGGGAACACGUGCCAGCAUGGUCGGUGGUACUGUUUUUCCGAGCACAGAGAUUAAACCAGAAUUUGGCACCUGCUGGCAUGAUAAAUAGUCACAGUUACAGUUCCAGAGCUUACUUUUUCGACAAUCCAAGACGAUAUGAUAGUGAUGAUGACCUGCCAAGACUGGGAAGUUCAAGAGAAGGAAGUUUACCAAAUUCGCAAAGUUUGGGCUGGUAUGGCACCAUGACUGGGUGUGGCAGCAGCAGUUACACAGUCACUCCCCACCUGAACGGACCUAUGACAGAUACUGCUCCUUUGCUCUUUACUUGUAGUAAUUUAGAUUUGAACAAUCAUCAUAGCUUAUAUGUGACACCACAAAACUGACAGCAUCACCAAGUCAUGAUUCUUGAGUUGUUUUUCAUAAAUGUGUAUAUUCGAUGUGUUUAAAUUCCAUCUACAUAAACAUUCCAUUAUCUGUUGCAACUGAAAACAAAAUCUGGAAGUGUGACUGUGUUUGGUAAAGAACACAGCUAUUAUUUUUGACCUUUUCAUAGUAAAAUGAAGUAAAAUGGAAAGUUUGGAGUAGGAGAAAAGAGAGAUUAGAUCUUAAGGCACUUGAUGGCCUCCAAAAAUCCUGACUUUGGAACAUCAAAUGCAUGUGUGCACUUUUAUCUUUGUUCUGAAAGAGUCACUGCAGUCCCCAAAGUCAUAUGCCAAUGUUCACACUGGAAUACUAUAUUGUACACCGAACUGGAAGGCAAUUUUCCUAUGAAAAUCAAAGCCUGUAUAUUCAUUGGUAUGCUCUAUAAGGAAAUCUUAAUAAAAAUUUUAUAGUGUGAACAGUGCAGAGUUAAGGCAUAAAAAUGUUUCACUCUUUAUAAAAAUCUACUGAAAAUGUGUAAUCAUUGAAGACAGUUCUUUUAAGCAUGAUUUUAAAAUAGCGACUGAAAUUCAAUCAUUUUAAACAAAUGAUAGUAGUAAUCCAUUAGUUAUGGCCAGCAGUGUUCUUUGGAGGCCACAAUAAUUUCUAGAGGAAAAUAUACCAGUGAAAAUGGUGUGGCUAUUUUGAGUAGAAUUGGUCAGUUGAUUAUUUUGUAUAAUUGAGAUAUAUGUGGUAGUUUAAGCAUGAUUCUUCAAGAAAGCAAUAGUGACUUUUGCAUAGGGAGAUUUUGGUAGAAACUUCUUGGGACUAAACAAGUUUAGAGAUGCAUUUAAGAAUUAUUCACAAAAUGUAUAAUUCUAAAUUAAAACAAAUAUAUUUUCAAAAGCAUUUGAUUUCUCUGAAGCAUGAUAUAGCAGUGAAUCAGGAUUGUCCUCAGGUAAAUGAAAUCAUGAUACAUUAUUGCAGUGAACUCAAGUGCAAUACUUUGUGAGACAUAUAAUUCCUCCCAUGAUUUUCACAUUUGUAUAUCUUGUAUAUGGGAAAAGCCAAAUUAAAUUGAAUUCAAAUUAAUUCCAGCAUUAGACUAAAUGAGCAAAUUUAAGUAAAUGUACAAACUAGGUAAGUAUAAAACCACAGGUUAACAAUAUUGGAGUACUUUUAGAAUUACAUUAAAACUGUCUUAAAUGUCCUAUCCCAAAUCUUAAAAAAAAGAAAAUGGUAGGCUAAAAUAAUACAGAAUUUUAAAAUGCACUUUGUACCAGUGUCUAUAUGGAAAGAAGUAGAUGCUGAAUACCUCAAGAUGCCAAGGGAACAAGCAACAUUGGGAAGUUGUCACAACAUGCUCAAAGACUAACUACAAUUGUCUGCUAUCUAUUUCUUCAGAACUGAAACUAAUACGAGUAUCCUUUUCUGUUUUAUACUUUGAUUAGAAUGUUAUUUCCUCUCUUACUUAAAAUGUAUUUCAACUUUUUAACAACUGAUACAAUAACUUCACAAAAGUAAAACACUAGGUUGAAACCCUAACGAAAAACUGAAAUUGUUAAUGCUUUCCAUCUUUUGGGAGGCAAGUAUAGAGACAAAUAAAUUUCUUCUUUUUAUGAUACAAAAUGACUUUGUAUUCAAUCAGAAGCAUAUACUUACUUACAUUAUUUUGGGUUUGUUUGUAAGUUCUCUCAUUGUAACCAAGUUAUUUAAAAUUGUAUAAUAUAAAAAGUUAACGGUGGUAUUGACAAAAGCAUAUUUUUAUUACAACUUCAGUUGUUAGAUUUCUUCUCAGAAUGCCAACUGUUUAUUUUGCUAAUAAUGUUAGGUAUCUAACAUUAGAUAGAGCUGUCUGAAAAGGUACAUUGUCUUCGUUAAUCCUUGGGGUUCAAGGUGAUGAAGUUUUUCUAGUAAGGUUCCCCUUGAUAAUGUUCCUAUUUAACCAAACUAAAAAAGAUUACUUUUUAAAAAUUUCUCAGAAAAAAUAACUUGGUUCUUUCUGCUGCAUUAGUUGAUUGUUCCAAAUUUGAGAUUUGUAAGUUUAUUCUUAUCACUGACUAGGGUACCCAAAUUCUUGCAGUUGUCUCCUUAUACACAUCUAACACAUCACCAAAGACAAAUAAAGAUACACUCUGGCCCAAUCUUUGCUUAAAAAUUCCAAAGCACUAGGAGCACUUUAAGUUUGGUCUCGAAAGUUGUUUAUAAAAUCAAAGGGCUACCGAUUCCCUGUUCAUCCUGCACUGAAGCACAUGAUGACAAUAUCAAACCUUCAUUUUUGUUCAUUAAAAAGUGAAUUUCAUUACUUACGUGUGUAAUUCUAUAGUGAUUAGCAGUAUUUGUUUUCAUCAUUUCACUUGGGUGGCCAUUAAUUUUGAAACUUUUACCACUCAUUGUAGUUGGUUGUAGUUUUAUGGAAAAUAAUUUAUAGCUAAAGUGGCUUUUUUAUGCAUAGCUGCCUUUUUUAUUGUUUAACAGUGUUUCUCAGCUAUAUAAUCAGUUUCAAACUGGUUGUAAAAGUAUAGCUGUGGCCAAUGAAUGUAUUUAUUUGUUGUUUCACUAAAUUGUAACAAAACACUACUAUUGAAAAUAAAAGUGUUUGUGCUUUUAUUUAGAGGUCUGGUUUUCUUCAUCUCUUAUAAUGGACUAAGUUUCUAUCAUAUAAGGAUAAAAACAUAGUGCUACCACAAAAAAAAAAAAGAAAAAAAUCAGGAGUUACAAAUGAUAGUUUGCCUUUAGUGAUCGCAUAAUUUGUCGUAUCACUUAAUAUACACCAGUUUGACAUGAAGUGCCAUGCAGUUUAAAAUGCCAAUACAUUAUUAGAUAGUACAUUUUUAUUCAAACAUUAAGCUAAGAAAAAUUGUUGUAUGAAAUAAUUUGUAACACCUCUCCCCGUCCCUUUAGAAUCUUAAACAGGAAUCCAUUCAUCUACCUUAUAAUCCUAGGAAGGUAUUCUUUGAUUAUUCAAGAAAUUCUUCAAUGAUGCUUAACACAAUUUGCUCAUGAAAGAAGUUCCUUUUCUUCCCAGAAUAGACCCUUUUCAUGACCCACCAAAAACCAUACCAAAUCUUGAAUACAAUUUCAGCUUUAUUGACCCCCUGAAGUCUACAAAUCCUUGGGACUCUACUGACCCUUGCUGUAAAGUGAAGGGAGUGAAAGUAUUUGGAAUAAAGGUAGGACCUCUAAUAUAAUAAAGAUGUCACUUUAAAAUCAAUUUAUUCAACAAACAUUUAUUAAACGUUCAUAUGCCAAAAACUAUGCUAUGGAGAUGCAAAAAAUAAAAAGGUUCCUUUUCCUGCCCUUAAGGAGCUCACAUUCUAGUGAAGAAGACUUUUGAAAAAUAAAACAAUACAGUACAAUUUAAGUGACAUACAAUAGAGGUAGGUUGUAAUUACAGUGGUGACACAGAAGUAGAAGUUAGAUGACUCUCCUUGAGUGGAGCAAGGGAGAUUUUACAGAGGAAAUGCUUAUGUCAGGCCUGCAAGAUGCAUAGGAAUUUUCCAAGUUGGGGAAGGAUGACCAGCGCACUUGAUGCAAAGAGAACAGCAUUUACCAAGGCGGGAAACCUGGCCAUACAGGGCUUUUGAAGAACUGUUAAGUCUGUUUCACCAGAACAUUCGGUGGAGGAAACACAUUACACAUCAGAAGACCUUGUACACCAACCAGAGGGGUCUGGCUUUCUCCUGAAAGUUCCUGAAGUCAUGGAAGGGUAUUAGGGAGUAAUGCUGUCAGAGUGCUUCUAGAAAGCCUACUCUGGUAACAUUGAGCAACAAAUAGGAAACCAGCUAGGUAUAGGAGGCAGGUUAGUACUGUAGGUAUUAAUAAUAUCAAUGAAGAUGAAAGAGUGAUGUAUCAGAGAGGUGGAGAUAAAAUCAGUAAAACUUAAACACUAAAUGAUAGGGGAAGGUGGAGAAGAGGAAUGAGCCUAGAAAACAUAGAAUAUAAUGGUUCUAAAAUUAACCAAAGUAAGGAACACAGGCAUUAGAAUAGGUUUUGCAGACAAUGAAUGUUUUAAGACACACACAGGUGUCUGUGGGACAACCAAGUAAAGUGCAGCAGGCAGAUGGAUUGAGGAGUUUGGCUAAAGAUAAGGAUUUAGGAAUUGCUGAACUGAAAUGACCCAAGCGUGAGAAGUGGUGUUAUGAUUAACAGGAAAAAAAAAUGGAGGCCUGAGGAAUAACAUUAAAGGAAUAAAUGAAGAAGCUAAAAAGCGGGGGUUCAGGAGUGAGCAAAAUGUAAAAAAUCAAGGGAAUAAAUCUUUCAAGUACAGGUUGUCAAAAAUGUCAAAUAAGUAAUAGCUUGUGAAUUAAACUGUGGAUUUAGAAUUGAUUUUAGACUUCACAGGAAGGGACUGUUAACUAUACAGCCAAACGGCAGAUUUCAGUUGCGGAGCCAGUGGAAGGUGACAAAGUAGAGGUAAGAAUAUUCCUUCAAAAGGAUUGGCUGUUAAAAAAAAAAAAAAAAAA